ACUGACGGACGGGCGGACUGACGGACGGACCGGCCCCCUCUCCCCCCCUCCGCCACGCACGGCCCGUCCCGCGCCACGGCCGCUGCGUGCAGGAGCGCGGCCCCCCUCGCCGCCCCCCUCCUCCUGAGCUCCCCCGGGCCGCAGCGCUCCGCCUCCGAGCCUCCGCCCCGUCCGCGCGCGGCGCUCCGGCCCGAGGAAGGGGAAGGAGCAGGCCGGCAGCCACCUGGCUCCUAGCGGGCGGUAGGCCCGGGCCGGCCAGGUGCAGCCGCCGGGAGGCGAGCCCCGGGGGAGGAGCCUGAGCGGCGGCGCGGCGCGGCGGCGGCGGAGGAGGAGGAGGAGGACCUGAGAUGCUGCAAGCCCUCCCGCCUCCGCCGCGGCCGCUACGCCUGGGGAAAAAGCGUGCCUCCGUCCUCCGCGGGCUUCUCCUCGGGAAGCCGAGCGGGCACUGACUCCCCGGCGCGCGCGGGAGCGGGAGCAGCGAGUCCCCAUCUCCUCCUCCGCGGCGCGGGGACCCCCGGGGCGGGCGCCCCUCGGCGUCCGCACGCACGGCUUCGCUGCCCUGCACAGCAGAUACCGUGUGUACGGCUGCGUUCUGCGGGAGAUCGCUGGCCGGGCCGACGAGUAAGUCUCCUGGAAAAUACGUGUCCGGCGUCCGUGAGGUUAACGCUGUACUCAUCUUCAAAUCAUGGAAUCCAUAUCAAUGAUGGGAAGUCCUAAGAGUCUUAAUGACACAUUUUUACCCAAUGGCAUAAAUGGUAUCAAAGAUGCGAGUAAGGUUACCAUAGGUAUAAUUGGAAGUGGAGAUUUUGCCAAGUCUCUGACCAUUCGACUGAUCCGCUGUGGGUAUCAUGUAGUCAUAGGGAGCAGAAACCCCAAAUUCGCCUCAGAAUUCUUCCCGCAUGUGGUUGACGUUACCCAUCAUGAAGAUGCUCUCACAAAAACAAAUAUUAUUUUUAUUGCAAUACACAGAGAACAUUAUACCUCUUUGUGGGACCUUCGGCAUCUCCUUGUGGGUAAAAUCCUGAUUGAUGUCAGCAAUAACAUGAGGGUAAACCAGUACCCAGAGUCCAAUGCAGAGUAUUUGGCUUCCCUGUUCCCCGAUUCCUUCAUCGUGAAAGGAUUUAACGUGGUCUCAGCUUGGGCCCUCCAGUUGGGGCCCAAGGAUGCCAGCAGGCAGGUCUAUGUAUGUAGCAAUAAUAUUCAAGCUCGACAUCAAGUUAUUGAACUGGCUCGUCAACUGAACUUCAUUCCUAUUGACUUGGGAUCAUUAUCAUCAGCCAGGGAGAUUGAGAACUUACCCUUGCGACUGUUCACCCUGUGGAGAGGACCAGUAGUAGUUGCGAUAAGCCUGGCCACUUUUUUCUUCCUUUAUUCCUUUGUCAGAGAUGUGAUCCAUCCAUAUGCAAGAAACCAGCAGAGUGACUUCUACAAGAUUCCUAUUGAAAUUGUGAACAAGACGCUACCCAUUGUGGCCAUCACUUUGCUCUCUCUGGUUUACCUAGCAGGCCUCUUGGCUGCUGCUUAUCAGCUAUAUUAUGGCACCAAAUAUAGACGAUUUCCUCCAUGGCUAGAGACUUGGUUACAGUGCAGAAAACAGCUUGGGUUACUGAGCUUUUUCUUUGCUGCUGUCCAUGUUGCUUAUAGUCUCUGUUUACCAAUGAGAAGAUCAGAGCGAUACUUAUUUCUCAACAUGGCUUAUCAGCAGGUUCAUGCAAAUAUUGAAAACUCCUGGAAUGAAGAGGAAGUGUGGAGAAUUGAAAUGUAUAUCUCUUUUGGAAUAAUGAGUCUCGGCUUACUUUCAUUACUAGCAGUAACUUCUAUACCUUCAGUGAGCAAUGCCUUAAAUUGGAGAGAGUUCAGCUUUAUCCAGUCUACACUUGGCUACGUGGCCCUGCUCAUCAGUACUUUCCAUGUUCUAAUUUACGGGUGGAAGAGAGCUUUUGAAGAAGAGUACUACAGGUUCUAUACACCACCAAAUUUUGUUCUUGCACUUGUUUUGCCCUCUAUUGUCAUUCUGGGGAAAAUCAUUUUACUUUUUCCAUGUAUAAGCAGGAAACUGAAAAGAAUUAAAAAAGGCUGGGAAAAGAGCCAGUUUAUAGAAGUAGCCAGUGGAAUAAUUCCACAUCUUUCACCAGAAAGAGUUACAGUAAUGUGAUGCUAAAUGGUACUACAUAGUGUCAUGUAGAAUUCUACUUGAGUUACCAUUUCUCGUAUAACCUCUCUUUUCAGAAGUUUGUCUAACUGGACUACAAAACUUGUGAGAUUUAAUCAAGAAGGUCAAUUGGUACUAGUUAUUUUAAAAUUAAUUUUCAUAAAGCCAUGUUAGGCAAUUUGAAAUUUUUUAGGGAGUCAACCUUAUUUGUCAGAAUUUUAAGUGCUCUUUUGCAUAGCUGUAAUCACUAUUACUGUUGCUUUAUCAAAUCUCUAUUUUGUAAUCCAAGAUAUAUGCUAUUUACAUAUAGUAUUGCCAAUAUAUUUAUCAGUGUUUCCAAAAACAUCUUUUUUCAAGCAACUAGCAUAUAAAAUUUUUAACAUAGCUCAUUAUGCAUAUACAUUUUAUUUCCAACUCAACAAAAUUUGUUCAUUAUAAAGCAUCUGUGAUUAGAAUUUAAAAUAACAUAGGGGAACAAAAUUUAAUUGAUUUACUAAAGAAGAAAAAUUACAUGGGAACUGGACAGAGUUGCGGGGUAACUAUCUCUAAUGCUCACCAACACCACACUAGAACAUUUAGGAAAAAUACAUAUGUGGAUGUAAUAAUUCCUUCUAAAAGAAAAAUUAAGCAAUUCCAUGAAAACAUACAUUAAGGAUGUAGAUUGACAAAAAUAUUUACAUAUGCAUUUAAGUACUACAAUCAUGUAAUAAAAAUAUCCACCUCAUGAUUAUAU